AGACUAUGCAGUCGGUGUCAGAGGUGGUAAAAGGACACCGUUUGUGUGCAUGGGGUUGGGUUUUGGCCAAUAGGCUUAAGUUGAGGGUCAGUGGGCAGUGUGCAGGUUCUGUAUCUUUAUGUUAAAGUUCAAUACCUUUUGUGGAGGCAGUUCCGUUUGUCUGGUGGAGUUGCAGUGUGUAAGCGAGAGGCUGUGUGUGUGCGUGUCAGUAUCUAACGUGUAGCGCGUCUGUUCUUCUGUACAGUGUAGAGAUGGCUUUGGUGAGGAGGAUUUUGAUCGGUGCUUGCCUGACAGCCUUCUUCAGAACCGCGGUAUCAGAUGAUGCUCCGGUGGUGACAGUGAAGAGCGGGUCUUUGAGGGGGGACUACGUUCGGGCCAAAGGCUCAGAAAAGGUGGUGGAGAGGUUCCUGGGUGUCCCAUUUGCCCGCCCACCCGUGGGCCCCCUGCGAUUUGCCAAACCCCAGCCCCCCCUGCCCUGGGAGGGGGUGAGAGAUGCCACACAUGAGCCCAACAUGUGCAUUCAGGACCUUGAUGGUCUUGUGACUACAUCAAAGACUUUGUUCAUUAAUCACACAAUGCCACCUAUGUCUGAGGACUGCUUAUACCUCGAUGUGUAUGCCCCCUCAAAUAACAAGUCAGGAGAGAAAGCACCGGUAAUGGUGUGGAUUCAUGGAGGCGGUUUGUUGAUGGGGUGCGCAGCCCAGUAUGAUGGCACAUCUCUGGCUGCCUACCAGGACGUGGUCGUGGUCAUUAUACAGUAUCGCCUAGGGAUUCUGGGGUUCUUAAGCACGGGAGAUGCACAUGCACCUGGAAAUUGGGGGUUCUGGGACCAACUUGAUGCCCUUCAGUGGGUUCAGGACAACAUUGAGAGCUUUGGAGGGGACCCAAAGUCGGUCACCGUCUUUGGCGAGUCGGCAGGCGGGAUCAGCGUCUCCAUUCUUAUGCUCUCUCCAUUGUCAGCUGGUCUGUUUCACAAGGCAAUCCCCCAGAGUGGGGUGGCCACCGUGGGCACAUUCUCCAGCGGUGACUCUAUGUCCCAAGCAAAGAUGCUGGCAAACCUGACCGGGUGCAGCCAUGAUGUCUCAGAGCAGCUGGUACAGUGCCUAAAGCUGAAGACUGAGGAAGACUUCAUCAAAACGACCAAAAAUCUGAGGAUCUUCCUCGGGGCCAGUGUGGAUGGAGUGUUUCUGAAAAAAACAGGUGAAGAGCUUUUAAAAAACAAGGAAUUCCUCCGGGUCCCGGUGCUUUUAGGAGCGACUAACGAUGAGUUUGGCUGGAUCCUCCCACGGGAAUUUGUUCCUGCUGGCUGGGAGAAGGGUAUGAACAAACAGACAGUGAUGGAUGUGUUGAACCUCUUCUAUCCUGAAGGGGCCAAAGAUGCCAAUGAGCUGAUUGCCAAAGAGUACAUUGGUGAAGCACAGACUCCAGAAGCCAUUCGAGAUGGCUUCACUGAAAUGAUGGGGGACUUGUUCAUGGUUCUGCCAAUCAUUAAGGUUGCUAGGUACCACAGAGAUGCCGGUGUUCCAGUGUACCUGUAUGAGUUUCGGCACAGGCCAGAAGCGCACCACAGCAGACCAAGCUUUGUGAAGGCAGAUCACACGACUGAAAUUGGCUUCGUCUUUGGAGGCUGUUUCUGGGAGGGCGCGGUUAAAAUUACAGGCCCUAUCACGGCAGAAGAGGAUGAAUUGUGCAGGACAAUGAUGGCAUACUGGGCAAACUUUGCUCGGACUGGCUCGCCCAAUGGUGCGGGGUUGGUGCAGUGGCCACUCUAUGGAGAGACUGAAGAAUACCUGAAGUUUGACUUAAAACCAUCGGUGGGACAGAAGCUAAAGGAGAACAGGGUGCUCUUCAUGAAUGUCACCCUACCAGAGCUUCUGGCCAAAACCACACCAAACACAAAGCCCUGAUGCUCCCCAGAAAGACCAGUUCAGAUCCUCAAACCCACUGGUCAACAAGACGGUUUAGAAAAUAUGUAGAAAUUUUCUUCACAAUAAAAAACUGAGUUUUGGCUA